AUGUCCUCGCUGCCGGCUGUCUCUCCACCCGUAACCAGCUCGCUGCCAUCAGACUCCUUCCACGUACUCCCAGAGCAAGAAAAGGCAGGCUCGCCCGAAGAUGCCCUCUACGAACAGCAAAUCAGAGAUGUCGAGGAGUGGUGGUCGACCUCGAGAUACGCCGGCAUCAAGAGGCCUUAUACUGCCGCAGAUGUCGUGUCAAAACGAGGCUCCCUUCAGCAAAGCUAUCCCAGCUCCCUCAUGGCCAGAAAGCUAUGGAACUUGAUCCAAGAGAAGCUGAGCGCUGGCGAGCCUAUCCACACCAUGGGCGCCAUCGAUCCCGUCCAAAUGACCCAACAAGCACCCCACCAAGAGGUCCUCUACCUCUCCGGCUGGGCGUGCUCCUCCACGCUGACCUCCACCAACGAAGUCUCCCCAGACUUUGGCGACUACCCCUACAAUACCGUACCAAAUCAAGUCCAACGCAUGUUCAAGGCCCAGUCCAUGCACGACCGCAAGCAGUGGGAUCUACGCAGGAAGCUCUCCUCCUCCGAACGAGCCAAGACCCCAUACGUCGAUUACUUUAGGCCCAUUGUUGCGGACGGUGACACGGGCCACGGCGGCCUGACGGCUGUGUUGAAGCUGGCCAAGCUGUUCGCCGAGAACGGUGCCGCGGCCGUACACUUCGAGGACCAGCUUCACGGCGGCAAGAAAUGCGGUCACCUCGCGGGCAAGGUACUCGUCCCUGUCGGGGAGCACAUCAACCGCCUCGUCGCGGCGCGCUUCCAGUGGGACGUCAUGGGCUCCGAAAACCUCGUCAUCGCCCGCACGGACUCGGAGAGUGGCAAGCUGCUGAGCAGCUCCAUCGACGUGCGCGACCACGAGUUCAUACUAGGCGUGGCAGACCCCAGCCUCAGGUCUCUGGCAGAAACUCUGCAAGAGAUGGAAGCCGCCGGCGCCUCAGGGCCAGAGAUCGACACGUUCGAGGCCGAAUGGGUCAAGAAGACAAAGCUGGUCACUUUCGACGAGGCGGCCGUAGCGCACCUCAAGGCAGAGGGAGGCGACGCCGCGAAGUAUGAGAGCAGAGUGAGAGAAAACCGCGACAUGGGUCUGACGAGCCGGCGCGCACUCGCGGCAAGCCUCACCCCGGGUGGCAAGGAGGUAUUCUUUGAUUGGGACGUGCCGCGCACGCGCGAGGGCUUCUACCACUACAAAGCCGGCAUGGAGGCUGCGACCAAGCGGUCCAUCGCCUUCGGGCCUUACGCGGACCUGCUCUGGGUAGAGACGGGCGACCCCAACGUCGAUGUUUGCACCAAGCUCGGACGUACAGUCAGGGCUGCCCACCCCGGCAAGGGACUGGUGUACAACUUGAGCCCGUCCUUCAAUUGGAUGGCACAUGGGUUCACCGAGGACAAGCUCAAAUCCUUCAUCUGGGACAUCGCCAAAGAGGGCUUCGUCAUACAACUCAUCUCGCUUGCGGGGCUGCACAGCACGGCGACGAUCACGAGCGAGCUGGCGCAUGGGUUCAAAAAGGAUGGCAUGUUGGCGUAUGUGAACUUGGUGCAGAGGCGCGAGAAGGACCUCGGCGUUGAUGUGUUGACACAUCAGAAGUGGAGCGGUGCGAGCUACAUGGACGGCAUCGUUGGCGCCAUUCAGAGUGGGAGCUCGGGAAGUAAGAGCAUGGGUGAGGGCAACACUGAGGGUCAGUUCUGA